UUGUUUCGUGUGGAUAAAGUCGUGGUUGUCUGCCAUUUUAUAAUUUAGCGAUUUCCAGAAUCAGUGGGCAGUUGUAUUUGAAUUCAGCUUCCUGUACCUCGUAUAAUUCUUAAUCAAGUUGGGACCAAACUUGAUAUAAGAAUAAUAGCCCUGAGUGGCUGAAAGACUAUGGCAGAUUCUGGUGGUGGCGAGUUGAAUGAGGAUGAAUUCCUGUGUUGCAGCAUUUGCUUCCAUAAAUAUGAUCUCCAGCUGAUGCGACCUAAAGUGCUGCCUUGCUCACACACAUUUUGUUUCACCUGUCUCAAGGCUCUCCAUUCAGGAAACACUUUGAAAUGCCCCGUGUGUCGACACGAGGCCGUCGAAAUCACAGACGUUUUGACCUUACCGAACAAUAAAUACGUUCAGCACAUCGUACAUCUCAGUGAAAAGUUACGGGAUGCUCAAGCCCAGAUAAAACGAGUUGUAGUAAUUCUUAUUAACGAAACCGUGUCUUAUGACUCCUACACCCACUUAGACUUAACCUUAAGUAAUUAUCAUGGAAGUAGUUACUGCAAAGAUUACAUCCAAGAAGUGAAUGCGCACUGUGGUCCAAUGAAACUCAAAUUAUUACACGUGGAUUUAUUCGAAGAAUUAGGAGAACACCGCCACAAAUAUUUGAAAGCCAUGUUUAAAGAUGUGCGGACUACGGACCCUAAUGCUAACGUUAUUUUGAGCGUAGGAGGAUAUGUCGAGAACAAAGAGGUAAUGGAUGCUGGAGGAUUGCCCACAAGGCUAAAGUGCAUGUGGGAGGCGUGCGGCAAACCUCAAAAAUGCAAAUUAGAAUUCACCUCGGACGUUUCUGGGCUUGAAAUAUAAAGUUUAAAUGAAGAGAAGUUUAUCGCCGAAUUGACUAAUUCGGAGCACCUGGAUCAUAGAUCACAUCGCUUCUUUUUGUCCCCGUCAGCUUUGGGAGCAUUCGUCGAACCAAAGUCGUUCCGUUUUCUUUCUUUGCACAACCAUUCCUUGCACAACCAUUCCUUGGUUAUAGUAGAUUUGAUAGUGAAUUGUAAAGACACCUAACAAAUGAAAUCAUUUCCUUAUGCAGAACGACAAUGAGGUAAUUAAGUCAGGAUCUGCUCAUCGUUAAGUUUGUUGCAUAAAGCCAAUUACAUUUGAAUAAUAAAAUGUGCUUUCUUCAGA